AAAGAAGAUUAUUAAGUAAGGUUAGUUUUUAUUGAAAACAAAAUUUCGUUAAAUUUUUAUUUGGCACUUUUGCAAUGGAACAAGACGAAAUAGCUUUGGAAGACGGCGAGCUCUCCAACGACUCAGACGAACAAUAUACGCCACUAGAAAGACCAUUGAACUAUUCGAGCACCCAACCGAUACCUCGUCUACCAGUAAAGGACACUUUACUUUCAGAAACUGACGAAGAAUUAGAGUCGAACGACAGCGAUAGCGACUCUGAUUCCAACGCCAAGAAAGUCAAAAAACCCAAAAUUCGUUUGAAGCCACUACCCCAACAAAGAAAUAAGAAGACAGCAAAAAAAUACGAUAUUUGGAGCACCCGCCUUCAAGAAGAUUCCCUCGCCGCUACACUCAACAAUAAAUGCGACGUCGUGAAACAAGACAGAUCGAGAGAUGUCGAAAGUUACGAUUACAAUUUAGCGCAAAAAUACUUCAAUAGCGGCCUGGGCAACCGAUUUAGCCAGCCCGAAAGGAUCGGCAAUAAGAGGACCAUUGAUGACAGAAACAACAAGGAUUUCAGACAGAGGCAGCAGUCCCCAAAUAGCGAAAGAGAAGAGAAAGGGGAACCGCGGGAGAUUGCUGAUUUGACCGUGGAUAAAAACGGCGAGGCGGAAGAUAUCGCUAAUGAAAUUGCUAAUAAAUUGUGCGAGGAAAAGGUGGAUUUAGUCAUGAGGGUGAUUAAAGUGCUUGGUAAGGAAAAGGCAAUAGAAAUAUUCCAAGAAACGAAAGAAUUAGAAGCAGAAGGAGGAAUGCUGAUCAUGAAUAGAACCAGGAGAAGAACACCGGGCGGUGUAUAUUUCCAUUUAGUCAGACACGAUUACCACAUCACCUACGAUCAAAGAAACGAAAUUUUCGGCGAGGAGAGAAGGCAAAUCAAAAAAAUCGUUAAGGAAAAGCAAAAGGAAAAAGCCGAACAAGCGAAGAGAAAAGUUGCUGUUGCAAGGCAAAAGAUGCUUCCCGAGCUUCUAACGAAAGCAGAGCUUUUGGAGGUUCAAAACCUGACUAAAAAAUUGAAAGAAAGAGUGGCAGAAAGGACGGAACAGGAAGUGUGCGUGAACCCACCGCCUACACCAGAGACUGACGGAUAUGAAAACAGCAGGGACGGCAUGGACGGGUCGCCUUUCUUGUUAGACGGUGGUAGAGGCGUGAUCAAUUACGAAGACGAUUUGAUCGAUCUUCGAUGCGGGGACGACAUGGAUUUGUUCUAAAUAAAAAACCGAAACAUUAAGUUUAUCAACGUUUUUAUUAAGUAAUAUUAGCCUUUAUUUGUAUGAAUUGAUAGAAAUAAAAAGAAUAUGA